GCCUGAAAUAAGUUUUAUUUUAAAGUGACAGGUUGGGGCUUUUUUUGGAUCGUGAUAAUUUGGCCAUUCGGUGUCAAAAUCAUGACAGGCCUUCUCUCCUAUAAAUUGAACCCGGCUUCCUAACGUUAGAAAUUGAAAAUUAAAACGUAAGUGUGAUCAUAAAGAGCGAGAGAGAGAGAGUUGUGGAGAGGGGUAUUGUUAGAGAGAGAGAGAGAGCUGGUUAGAUAUAGAGAGAGAUAGAGGCAUAGAGAGAGAGACAAAGAGAGAUUGAGUCAGAGGGAGAGGGUUAGAGAGAGAGAGUUGUGGAGAGGGUCAGAGUGAGAGAGAGAGAGCGAAUUAGAGUGAGAGACAUAUAGAGAGGGAGUUAGAGGCAUUAGAUCACAUACAGAGUCAGAGAGAGAGAGAUUGAGUUAGAGAGAAAGUUGGAGAGAGAGGGGGUUACAGAGAGUUUGCAUGAGAGAGAGGGGGUUACAGAGAGUUUGCAUGAGGGAGAGAGGGGGUUACAGAGAGUUUGCAUGAGGGAGAGAGGGGGUUUUUCUUUAUCAUUAUUUAAUUUGUCGACUUCUUGUUGUAAUUCUUAAUUGUUAAUUCAUCAGAGUUUAAAGAAAAAAAGAUUUAUAGAUUUGUGUUUUGUGGGGUCGAAUCUUGAACAUGCUCUGUUAAUAUAUAAGUUUGUUUUAUGGGUUUUGAUGUUUUUAAUUUGUGGUCAUAUAAUUUUUUAUUGGGGGUUUAUGUAUGAAUAUUUGACGUCAAUGUUUGUGGUUAUAUGGGUAUCUGAAUGUGUUUUGCUUUAAUUCUUGAUGGAACUAGAUAUUUUGUGGCGGGCUUCUUUCAUGUGUGUUUUAGUGUGUACUGGGUUUUUGAUGUGUUAUAUAUAUAGGUUAUAGGUUAUCUGUUUUCUUGCAAUUCCGAUCAAAUUACAGGAGAGUAUUACUGGAUAUGCAUGUUCACGUAAAUCUUGAUUUUAGUCCAGGUCCGGUUGGGUUGCCUUUGUUAGAUAAUUCUAUGUAUGUGUGUUGAGUUCUCUUUUCGUGAUUAGUUUGAUCUGAAUUCUGAACUGUGUUUGUAAUUGUGUAAUUGACCUUUUUUGAUGAUAAAAUACUCGUAAUCUGAGUUUGAUUUAGAUUCUUUGUUGCAGAUAUAAUAUAUACUUCAAUAUAUGUUAGUAAUUGUUUGAGAAUAUCAAAGUUGAUACUCUGAUUUUUGUAUCGCCAGUUGGUGGACAAAAAUUGAAAUAAGGCAGUUUCAAUUAUCUGGACUGCGAUAAAUGUUGGUGAUCGAGUUGAUAGUGCUUUGAAAGACAUGGCAGUUGUAAUGAAACAGUUGGACGGACCCGUGGAGGCGAUUCAGGCUCUUUCAAACAUCCUAUCCUUCUGAAUCACAACAAUAUCUUCACAACAUGCUCCUUCAAUCUGGGAUUUGCUUUUGUUUCUAAGUCGCUGCAAUUCUACAGUCUUCCUUCUACACUAUGUUUAACCUGUUCUCUGGGUUUAUUAUUCCUCAACCAAAAAUUCCCAAGUGGUGGUUAUGGUUCUAUUACCUCAUGCCUACUUCUUGGACUCUAAAUGGCAUGCUUACCUCCCAAUAUGGAGAUGUAGAGAAGGAGAUUACCGUGUUUGGAGAAAAGAAGACAUUUGCAGCGUUUGUAAAGGAUUACUUUGGAUUUCACCAUGAUCGCUUGCAAUGGUCUCAAAUAAUGCCAAAGUCGAAUGUGACGCUAAUCAUCUUCAUAGCUCUCGAGCUUGUAACUGCUAAGAAAAUUCCAGGCGCGACAUACACUGAUAAGCAGAAGCAUGGUGAUCUGGGGGAUAAUCUCUAUGACUUCAUCACUGUUGUUCUGUUUCAAAAACUAGAAGGGACCUUCCGCAAGACGUUCUUCUUGCCAGAACAAUAAAGAAUCUGGAAUAGAACCAAACUUUUGUGCACAUCCUCGAGUUGCAACAAAAAAAACAUACACGUAGUCCUCAUCUUUGUCAAUUUGAUGUGAUAUGCUAUCUUGUUUCUGGAAACUUGGAUAGCGGGUGCAUGCCAAGAGGAGGAAUACCUUUCUGCUGCUGAAGGCAUGAUGCAUGUGUGCUGUGCAUCAGGUUUCAUAUAUAGGAACUUGCUAUAAUUUGAUGUGCAAGGACUUAAUUGAAAAACUAGUUUUGUCUCUACACUGCGACAUUGAAGGCUGCAAAAUGCAUAUUGAAUGGCCUUGAAAGAAAUGAUAUGCUAUAUGAUUGAUCAUAUAAUUUAUAAUUCAGAGACUGCAGUCCAUAGGUUCCUGACAAAAUGUCUGCCACAUGCAAUAAAACAGUUGUCGUCCUCAAUGUUAGGUGGUAAUAAACAAAGACCAAAUAUGUUAAAGUAAUAACAGACUUUAACUCUGAGUUUUCAGUGUUUUCCUCGUGCUCUUUAACUUACUAUAAGGACAUAAGAAACAGAUUUUUUUUUUUAAUGUAACUGUGUAGGAAUCAAGGUAAUAUUUAAAAAUCAGUUGAUGCUCGAUUAUUAGGUAAUGCUUCCAAUUUAGUAGUUACUUUAUUACUUCAUUCUUAUCUUCUGUAUAAUAUGCAUGUCCAGGUAAGAUCAAGGCUAAUAUCCAAAGUAUCUUAGUGAAAGAUGUAGGUUUGUUUCUGAUAAAGUAUUUCUCAAUGUGAUGUUUAUUUGCUAAUUCUCCGCUGGUUUGUGUAUUUGACAUUUUGACCAGAUAUCCUUGAGUAUUGCUUAAUUAGAUUAUUAACUCUUGAGCCUAAGUGCUUUAAGAAUCUGCUUCAUGUAGAGUUAGCUAGCUGACAAUAAGCCAUCUGGCAUAUUGAAAUAUUAAAGCGAAUCAAGUGUGAGCUCACCAAAAAGAUAUCCAUGCGCUAAUUAUAAGAAUUUUUGGUGCUCUGCAAAGUUGUCCUUGAUAGCGCAGUUAGCUAGAGCAGGUGAUAUGUAUUCAACAAGAACUGACCUAUCAGAGGUAGGAAGAAGUUUGAGACCAUCUUCUGAGCUUUCCUUACAAAUUCUAAUUCUCUGGUGGAUAAUGAAGAUGAUGAGUAUGUGGAGCAAUGGGCUGAGAUCAAUAGAUUGCCUACUUCUCAGCGCUUGAGGUUAUCACUGAUUGAUGAUUAUAACACCGAAGGAGACAGAUGUGAUGCUAAAGGGAAGAGGAUAAUAGAUGUUUCUACUGUUGGUGCACUGGACAGGCAUAUGUUCAUUGAGAAACUUAUUAAGCAUGUUGAGGAUGACAAUCUACAUUUGUUGCACAGGAUUAGAAAAAGAAUAAACAAGUAAACUCUCUUCUUUCUGCUAUAAAAGAUGAAGUUGUCUACUUGCAAACAAGUCCUACAUACAGAUUGAAAGCUGCCAGCGUGGUAUGCUCAACAUAUGGA